AUGGCUUGCGGACGACUCAGGUCGCGAUGCAACACAACGAAUCAUGAUGACACCCGCGUCCUCCCAUCGACGACGCUGUCGUCUCCUGACGGAGAGACGGACGAGCCUCAACCCGGAUCAACGACGAUAACAAUCGAUGUCUCAUUUUCUUGGUUGCCGCGGAGGAUAUGGUCCAGGGGCAGGCAGGGUUCGUUGCCAGACAGUCCAGAUUCAGGCCAGAGUGCUGAGAGCGGCGAGAGCGGGGAGAGCACCGCGAGCACGGUGGAUGGCCAACCAUCUCAUGUCAUUAUCCCCGAUGGCGGUUCGAGGGCCUGGCUUACUGUGACGGGCGGCUUCUUCAUCUGUUUCUUCAUGUUCGGCAUUUUAAACGCUUUCGGGAGUUUCCAGAACAUGUACACUGAAAAUGUCGCGGGAGACUUUCCGUGGACGGACGCUUCGCCUGUUUGCCUUUGCUUUUGCGGCGGCCUCGUGUCUGGGCCCCUGUUUGAUAAGUUGGGUUCGCGUCUACCCAUGACCAUGGGUGCUGGACUCGUCUCUGCGUCCUUGCUAGGUUCUGCCUUCUCUACCGAGUUCCUGCACUACCUGGUCUGCCAGGGAGUCUUUUUUGGUUCAGGCAUUGCGCUGCUAUAUUACCCGGCGAUGGGCGCCGUCACCGAGUGGUUCAGUACGAAGAGGCCUUUGGCAUUGGGCAUAGCCGCAUCGGGGGCCUCUGUCGGGGGCGUCAUUUGGUCGUCAGCUCUGCCCGUGCUGGCUAAUCAGAUAUCGCACAGGAUUCUGUUCAUAAUACUCACGGGCAUCGCGAGCCUUCUUCUCUGUCUUGGUUGCUGGCUCACUAUAGAACGACAAGGUGCGGCCGGUUACGACGAGUCUAGCGAGCAAGUUCAACCAUCUCAACGAACUAUCCAGAGCGCCAUUUUUGAGUCGCGCUUUGUAGCAUUGGCUUCUUCCCUAGUCAUUCUCUACACCGGCAUUCUUAUUCCCUGUCAGCUCCUUGAGGUCUAUGCCAAGGAACUAGAUAUCCAAGGUGAGGUAGCAUCUAAUCUCAUUGCAUUCACGUACUCGGGCUCCGUUAUUGGAAGAAUUGGCUCAGGACUGCUCGCAGACACGCUUGGCUGCUUCAACAUCCUGGUUUUGACGAGUAGCAUGGCCGGGGCGGUGACACUGGCGUGGAUACCGCUGCGCUCUGCGGCAGGACUGAUUGCAUUCUCUGUUCUAUUCGGCAUCCUCUCAGGCGGCCUUGUACCACUGGCAUCUGCUUGUGUGGCACGAACGACUCGGGACAUGGGACACAUUGGGCUUCGGAUCGGCGUCUUGAUGGCUUUCUGCGCAGUCGCCGCCCUUGGCAGCGGACCACUAGGGGCUUUCAUCCUGCACAAGGCCGGCUAG